UGUCUGGCCGCUGGCGCUUUCUGGUAACUGCUCAAACGAACAUUUUGUGUGUACAGUUGAGGACUUGAGGUGGUUAUUCGUUUUAACUGAAAAGCAGUGUGAUAUCGGUUAAACUGGUUUAUUUUAGAUGGGUAAACGCUACUACUGCGAUUAUUGUGACAGAUCAUUUGUUGAUGAUUAUGAAGCAAGAAAAAAACACAUAUCAGGAUCAAUGCACGUGAGAUUGAGAAAAGAACAUUAUGAUGCUUUUCGCGAUGCAAAGACCAUAUUGGCAGAAGAAUCAGCAAAAGUACCAUGCAAGAGGUAUCAGCAGACUCGUGAAUGUGUUUUUGGCACCAACUGCAGAUUUUCACACUACACUGCAGAAGAUUUAAUGAAUUUAAGAAUGAAAGUUGAAGAAGAAGAGCGAUUGGAAAGAGAGAAGUACACAAGACUGGAUCUUGAUCAUGAUGAUGGUCCAACUUUGACAUCUUGGCUACAGAAGAGAAGUAAAAUGAAAACCUCAAAGAGCGCUGUUGAGGAGCACAAACCUAAAGCAACGGUUCUCUGGGAACUUCCACCUGAACUACAAGAGGUUCCUGAUCUUCCUCCAUCUCUCCAGCCACUAAGAGUGGAAGAUUUCACAAAUGCAGAAUUUGAAACUUGGGGCUGAUUUGUAUAUAUUACGGCUGGAAUGUGUAUUGCAUGUUUAUUCAUAACUUGUAAAGUUUAAUUCAACAAUUUGUUGUUCUAAAUUC